AUGACUUUCACCGCUGUCGUCCUUUACCCGAAUGAGCCGGACACCACGUUCGACACCGACUACUACCUGCAGACCCAUAUGCCUCUGGUGGCCAAGCACUGGGGACCUGCUGGCCUGAAAAGCUGGAGUGUCACCAAGUACGAGCGCGAUCUUGCUGGUACUUCUCCAAAGUACCUGAUUGCUGCCACUCUGGUGUGGGAGAGCGAGGAGAGUGCCACGGCCGCUAUCGCUGGAGAGUCGGCGUCCAGCGUCUUCGGCGAUAUCCCCAACUUCACCAACAAGCAGCCUGUUACUUUGGCUGGUAGCACUAUUGGAAGCCAGGAGAUCUCUUAA